AUGGACGAGUCAAUUAUUAAUAUUGUUGGUGAUCGCCUGAUCGUGAUGUACACAUUGAUCCUACUCCCUUUCGUCAGCCUUUGGAUUUUAUAUUAUCGAUUGAAAAGCUCCACAUCGUCAAAACUAUUUUCAACACAACCCGGUCUGAUGGAAGUCCCAAAUUCUAACGGCACCCGGAAGCUACGCCCAUACAACCUUGAUCUCAGCCGAAUCGGCAACCGCUUGCAA